AUGACGGGCUUCAAGGCGCUUCUCAUUGUCUAUGUCGUCGGCGGCUUGACGUUUGUGCCGCUGCUGGUCAUCAGUCUUGUCGCAUUGAUCUUGUACACUUCGCCAGUCGUGGCGCCAGAUGACGACCCCGAGCUGCGCAAGGUUCCUGCAGAUGAAGCCGUCAAGACAGCCAACAAGAUCAAGACAGAUGCGACAGCAGCUCGCAAGAAGGAUGCAAGCACGAGUGCGGUGGCAUCGAGUAGCGAGGACGAGGACGAGCCUGGCUUGCCCACGCCGCCUACCCUGUACAAGGCAGGCUGGCUCACCGUCAGGCGAACUUUUGAACCAACAGUCGUCACCGAUGGAACCUAUAUGGGCAUGAUGGGCUCAGCGUAUCGCUCUUUCAUGGACAACAGAUCGAAGGACCCGAGGCGGAAUAAGCCAAAGGACAGGUUCUACGCUGCUCUGAAGCAGAAUGUCCUAUUUCUGUACGACACAGAGCAGCAAGUUGAUGUCUGGGCUGCGAUAGAGGUCACACUACACACUGUGUCCAUCUAUCCAGAAGUCGUACUCGAUGGCGAGUUGUUCAUGAAGCGUAACGCGGUCUGUCUGCGGCCAAAGUCAAGUCAAGCCUUGGCGGAACACGUUACCGACAGCAACACAUCCGAGAGCCAGUCGGCUAGUCCAGGCAAGCCAAUGCCAUGGUUUCUCUUUCCGAGUUCGAAUAUCGACAAGGAGGACUGGUAUCAUGCCCUCGUGCAAGCGACAAAGCUAUCAGAUGACGAGCCGGACACAACUUUCAUACGAGACCGAUCACUUUUUGAUCCACAUGACAUGUCACGCCUGAUUGAAGGCAUCGACGAUCAGCCAGACCCCAUACCCAUGCGAUGGCUCAACGCCAUGCUCGGACGCAUCUUCUUCUCUGUCUACCGCACCGCAUCCCUUGAGAACUACAUCAUCAAUCGCAUCAUACGCAAAUUGAAUAGAGUCAACAAGCCCAGCUUCUUGUCUGACAUCGUCGUCCGAGAGGUCAACGUGGGAUCCUCGGUACCUUACUUCAGCAAGCCCAUGCUCAAAGAUCUCACUGUCGACGGCGACGCGAGUAUGGACGUUCACGUCAGCUACAAGGGAAACUUUCGCGUCACGAUCAGUACAGUAGCUACCAUCAAUCUAGGACAGCGCUUCAAGCCCUAUACCGUCAGGCUCGUCCUUGCCGUCGUCUUGAAAGAGCUCGAAGGCAAUCUGCUGGUCAGAGUGAAGAAGCCGCCAAGCAACCGUCUAUGGUUUGGCUUCUCGACCUCGCCUACGCUCGUGCUCAGCGUCGAGCCGGUCGUGUCUACUCGUCAGAUCAAGUGGUCGAUGAUUCUCAAACCCAUCGAGUCGCGACUACGUGAGAUUGUGCUCGAAUCAGUCGUGCUACCUCACAUGGACGACAUCUCGUUCUUCGACACGAGGUCAUACACGCAUCGGGGCGGUAUCUGGGGCGAUGCUGCGCGCAAGGCAGACGAUCCUCUCUCACCGGGUCUUGAUGCGCAUCCUGUGGGCGAAGAGGGCGAUCACGACGUGCCAGAAGCGGAGCUCGACACUGCAUCCGAGCCAAGGCAGGAUACAUUGACGGCAGAUAGCACGAGACAGCGCAAAGGCAAGCGGAAUGCAGAAACAAGUCCCGAUGGUCGUCCUGCUUCUGUUGCUUCUGCGCCGCCCAUGACAGAGACCAAGAGCGAAGGGAUUCCGUCCUCCGCGUCGACGCUCAGUCUGCCUACUUGGGCAGCGAAGACGGAAGACAAAGAUACCUCAAGGCGGAAGUCCUGGUUCGUGGGCUCUAAGCCAACCCCAUCGUCUUCCGUCCCGCGCAGUCGAGCUUCCUCUGUGAGCGACGGUCCGGAAAAGCCAACAGUCAUAGCGGAUGAGGGCGCAGAUGCGGCUGCAAAGUUGCGGGAAGCACUCUCUGCUUCUAGAGGACGAUCUGUUGAGCCUACCGCUACUGUCAACUCCGAUACAAAAGCAGAGCCAGCUCGAAGCGAUAGCCCAGGGUCCACAAAACGCGAUAAAGCCUAUGAGCAGUUGCUGGACGCUGCCGUUCGAUCCGAUUCGCCAGAGACAGCGUCGCAAGUCGAUCCUGCAGAAACGAAGCUGGACGAAGCUCCUGCGUAUCCGCCUGCGACGAGCGUAGCUGCGCCUGGGCCGACGCACAAGAUGUCUGAUGUGGUCGUCGAAGCAGCUGCGAAGAAGGAGGGCUUCCUGCCUCCACCUCGUCGAUCUGCCGCGGCAGACGCGUCAUUGCAGAAGCCGACGUCAUCUCUGCUGUCUUCCUGGCGAGCGAAAGCAUCGGAUAAGGAAGCCUUGGCGACAAGCGUCAAUCAAGCCCGAGAUGCUGCGAAGAAGUGGGCAGCCAAUUGGCGAAAGCCGGUCGUGCAAGAGCCCGGCGAAGCUGCGAGUCCGAAUGGAACGAUCGAGGGAGCGUCGGAUGUGCCUGGACUCGAACUCAGUAAGCCUUCGCCUGGCAAGCCAAAAGCGCGUCCAGUCUCACGCAAGAGCUCGCCAGAUCGUGCGAUGACUUACAAGGACUACUUGGCCGCGAAGAACAGAGACAGUGCGGAGAGCGAUGCUGCUGCAGAUGCAGCGGUCAUGUCGAGCUCGCCUGAGAAGCACGAGCGAGCGCACCGUCCUUCGAUCUCAUCUUCGCCUAGUGGGCAUUUCAGACCAGCAGCGAGUAAACCGACAACGAGCGUUACUUCGUCGCCCCAAACUGGGCCGCGCAAGGUGCCUCCGGGACCUGCAGAGAACACGCUAUCAACUUCGCCAUCGCAGCAUGCGCGGAGGACAUCCAACACAAAUCUGGGCUACCGGCCGACAGCAAAGAUGACCGUGCCGGGUAUGGCGCCCGGUCGGCAGUUUGGUAUUGGCUCGACCAAUGCGCCUACUUCUGUCAGCCCUUCUCUGUCACCUCUGACUGCGGCAGCGGUCGCAAAGCCAGAACUAUCGACAGAGCCUUUCGAGCCGCUUGCAUUGCCUACGUCUGCUAGUCAAGCUAGCUCUGCUCUUGCUGUCGCUACCAGUAGCGCACCCGUACAUACGCCCACGCCGCUCUCUGAGCUGAGCCAGCCUGCGGUGGAGAUACCUGCAGAGGCGGCAGGCAGAACGGCUGUCGAUCUACCGCCGACGACUUCGACCGCUACGCAAGAUGUGGGCGCCGCAAAGGAGAUUGACGAGAGGCCCGAGGAUGAGGAGCUCGCGUGGGGUUUGGAUGAGAUCAACGAUGAUGCAGCUGUAACAACUUGA